AUGAUAGUUGUCUCUCAGCUGCCCGUCUGGUGUCUCCCAGUCACUCAAUGGGUUUUGAUUCAAGUGAUAGUCGGCUUAACGGCGGCAUUCACGUCCUCACAGUCACGACUGCGUCCGAUUACCCUUAUGGCAGCUAUUGCCAUUGCAUACUCAAUACAAUCAUCCGUUGAAAAAUCGUUCAAAAGUUCCAAAUUGGCAGCAUAUGUCAGCGCGCUCUGCUGGGCGAACAUUGUCAACGCGGUGGAUAUUCUCUGUCUAAGUCGCGUUACCUACACCAAGCAGCUUGAAUGGGAACGAGCAACCACAAAGCAGGAUUUGAAGAAGUCCCAAGUACUUGAUUGCUCGAAAUUCUCGUGGGGCAGACUGCUUUGGGCCAUUGAGCUGCCUUUCAACCUUCGAAGAAUUGGCACACCGUGGCAAAUCAAGAACAUCCCUCCCUUUUACAGAGCAAACAGCCAAUAUAUCCCAUCUCGAUUGGAAUUUCUUCGGUACCGCUUCGUGGUUCUAUGUCUUGCGCUCUUGACACUUGGACUUCUUUACGGCGGUGAAAAUGACGAGUCUCUCCAUGAAAUGUUUUCAACAGAGAAGCAAAGAGCUUUGUAUCGAGGAAAGAAUAUUUCGGCUAAAGAGGCCCUAUCCCAUUUAUCUCUCGUCGGAUCAUACUGGGUUAGCCUACGGGCCAGCCAUCAACUAUUGUACAGUGUUUGCGCCAUUCUCUCGGUAGGCUUAGGCAUGCACGAGCCUGCCUCAUGGCCACUGGGCGGGGCUUCUCCGGCAGAGGCAUGGUCGCUCCGAAGAUUCUGGGGCUUCACCUGGCAUCAGACCUUUCGGAAAUUCUUGACCUCGAAUGCGGAAUUUAUAAGCCGAUCGGUCCUACAGAUCCCUCCCGGCACAAUUUGGCAUCGCUACUGCUGCUUGAUAUUGACAUUCGCGAUAUCUGCUAUCAUCCACAUCUUUAUGGACCUUUCUCGAGCCAUUCCAGUUCACCAGGGUGGCAGCAUACCAUUUUUUGCCAUCAAUGCCGUGGGAAUAAUGAUAGAGGAUCUGAUAGUUCAUGUCGCAUCGAAGGUGAUGGGUACAAAAUAUGCGUGGUGGAAGAGGAUGAUCGGAUACAUCUGGGUUAUUUCCUGGCUGUUUACUACAAUGCCGAUGUAUUACUAUCCCAUAGGUCGUGUAAUCAUUCAGGCUGGAGAGCGGGUUCCUUCUUUGUUUAUAUGA